AUGUCUCAGCGCGAUCUCUGGAAAGCCCUCUCCGGUGUCCUCUGCAUCUACAAACAUUCGGGAAUCUCGUCUUCAGCUAUCAAGAAGCUGAUUACCAACAAGAUCAGCGAGUCGGUGGCUGAAAUCGAGUCCACCUCUUGUCUCCGGCUCCCGCUAAUUUCUCUUCCCGUUGUGGAGCCCCAUGAGAAGUCGGGAGCUCUGGUGGUGGUCGGCCGGAAUGAGGUGGCCGAUUAUAGGCAUCAUCCGUUAGUAUCGGGGCGAUCGAUUCGAUCAGAAGACAUUCAGCUGCUAGACGCUCUUCCGUUGGCCACAACUAGCUCGGGAAUUUGCUGUGAGCCGAAGAAAAUUUUGAAAAAUGAAAAAUAGAAGAGACCUAUUUAGUGUUCGGAAUAAACGACGGUUGCGAAUCAAUUCCGAAUCUGAUGGCCAACUCGUGGACGAACGUAUACAAAAUUGAGGCAAUUCUUAAAAAUUCGGCCGAAAAAAUCUCGCGGCAUCGCGUGGAAAAAGUGAUUUCGCGCAUGGAAUCCGAGUUCAGAGCCGCCAGUUUUCAGCACGCAAACGUCGAUUUGCAGGUAAAUGAAAUUUAAAAAAAAGCCGUGAGCGUUGCCGGUACGUCUUCUAUUUCCAUAAAAAUCGCAGUUUCUAACAGUUCCUAAAUAUUCUUGUGCACUGAAAGUUACUAACAAAAUCAUUAUCCGACCAAAACUUCGGAAAAAUUCCCAAAGUAUUGCAGAGUUCGGAGGCGUUCGAACUGGCGCGUCGGGGCCUUCCAAGGGCCCAACUGCCCGGCGCACAAGUAUUUUAUUCGAUAGGAUUGAACUGGUUCCGGUCGCCCCGCUUCCAUAUUACGGCUCAGUGCUCCGGAGAGGACGACGAAAUGUUGAGGUGUUUAAUUACCUGAGCAAUGUUGGAUUUUACUGAAAUGUUCGCCGGCCGCGGCUUUUUUGCGGCCUACAUGCAGAUGACCGAUCGGACCCAAACAAUGUGUUGGACAUUGCCCUUGGUAUGGAGCAUCUCCAGGACAAUCUGAUCAGGAGAUAAAUUGAAACACGACCGUCUUUUUCCAAAAAAAACUGGCCGCGUUUCAGUCUAUCGCUAGAUGAGAUGAUCCACUCGGGCUCAAAAUUGUCCUGGAGAUACCUCACACCAAGGGCAAUGCCCAAACAAUUUUGGGGUCCGGUCGGUCAACUGGAAGGCGGCCAAAAAGACAGGCCGGCAAAAUCCCACCUCUGGUUCCAUUCAUUUUUAAAGAAAAUCCCUUAAAUGCUGAACAAUGAUCCUUGAAACGGAGAAAAAAGUGUUCUUCUUUUUCAGGCGACUAAUCGAGCACAUCGGCGCGAACUUGGAGUCGGAAAGCACGACGAUCCGUGUGCAACGACACCGAUUCGGACCGUUCGGCGGAGAGGAUUGUCUGCUCGAGAAACAGAUUAGUUUACAGAACAUCGCACGGAAUAUCCACUUGAAUCGGUUGGAUUUUUAAACAAAAUGGAAAAUGACCUUAAAAAAUUCCAGAAAAAUCCUGGCUGCGUCCGAAUCGAUGGACACGCGAAUUGUGGAGCAUCGGAGCACUUGUGACGAGGAAAACGAGGAAAAUGGGCGGAAAAGAGAGAUUUUCGACGGACUCGGACUGAAAGAAUCGACGAAAAUCGAGGAUUACGAUGCGAUGCGGCCCGCGUGGCACAGAAAUUAUAAUUGA